UGUGAUCACCAAGAAGAAGCAUCAGGUCACUAAAUUAAUAACUAGAUAUUUAGAAGAUGGUGCGCAUGCUCUAUUGGUUUACUGCAAUAUUGCUGCUAUGGACGGCGACGGGCACAGUCCGUGGAGGGAACGUAACCUACGAUGGAAGAUCCUUGAUCAUCAAUGGCCAACACAAGAUUCUCUUUUCUGGUUCAAUCCACUAUUCUCGCAGCACUCCUGAUAUGUGGUCAUCAUUGAUUUCCAAAGCCAAGGCUGGAGGCAUAGACGUUAUACAGACCUAUGUGUUUUGGAACCUGCACGAGCCACAACAAGGGCAGUUUUAUUUCAGUGGAAGAGCGGACUUAGUAAGGUUCGUGAAGGAAAUCCAAGCACAAGGCCUCUAUGCUUGCCUUAGAAUUGGGCCCUUUAUUGAGAGUGAAUGGACAUACGGGGGGCUACCAUUUUGGCUGCAUGACAUUCCGGGCAUGGUCUACCGAUCUGAUAACCAACCUUUCAAGUAUCACAUGAAAAGGUUCGUAUCGAGAAUAGUAAACAUGAUGAAAUCAGAGAAAUUAUAUGCUUCACAAGGAGGGCCAAUCAUACUACAACAGAUUGAGAAUGAGUACAAAAAUGUUGAAGCAGCUUUUCAUGAGAAAGGGCCUAGUUAUGUUCGUUGGGCUGCAUCGAUGGCCGUAAAUCUUCAAACUGGAGUUCCCUGGGUGAUGUGUAAGCAGGAUGAUGCUCCUGACCCAGUGAUCAAUUCAUGCAAUGGAAUGCGAUGUGGAGAAACAUUUGCAGGACCAAACUCACCCAAUAAGCCAUCAAUAUGGACUGAGGACUGGACCAGUUUCUAUCAGGUAUACGGGGAAGAAACAUACAUGAGAUCGGCUCAAGACAUAGCAUUUCAUGUUGCUUUAUUCAUUGCAAAAACAGGAAGUUAUGUAAACUAUUACAUGUAUCAUGGAGGAACCAAUUUUGGAAGAACAGCCUCUGCAUUUACAAUAACAAGUUACUAUGACCAAGCCCCUCUUGACGAGUAUGGUUUAAUUAGGCAGCCAAAAUGGGGUCACCUGAAGGAAUUACAUGCUGCAAUAAAGUCAUGUUCAAAGCUGCUGCUUCAUGGAGAACAUAAAACUUUUUCUUUGGGGCCACUACAACAAGCGUAUGUCUUCCAAGGAAAUUCAGGACAAUGUGCUGCCUUUCUAGUGAACAAUGACGGCAAACAAGAAGUAGAAGUCCUCUUUCAAAGCAAUUCAUAUAAGUUGCCUCAAAAGUCUAUUAGCAUUCUACCAGACUGCAAGACCAUGACCUUUAAUACGGCAAACGUAAAUGCACAAUAUACUACAAGAUCAAUGAAACCAAACCAAAAGUUCAACUCGGUUGGGAAAUGGGAAGAGUAUAAUGAACCUAUCCCAGAAUUUGACAAAACAUCUUUGAGAGCAAACAGGUUGUUAGAGCACAUGAGUACAACAAAAGAUACAUCUGACUACCUGUGGUACACUUUCAGGUUUCAACAAAAUCUUCCCAAUGCACAGUCUGUAUUUAAUGCCCAAUCACGUGGACACGUUUUGCAUGCAUAUGUAAAUGGAGUACAUGCUGGCUAUGGUCAUGGAAGUCAUCAGAAUACAAGUUUCAGUCUGCAGACAACAGUUCCUCUAAAAAAUGGAACAAAUAAUGUUGCCUUACUUAGUGCAACAGUUGGAUUACCGGAUUCAGGAGCAUAUCUCGAGCGCAGGGUUGCUGGAUUGCGUAGAGUAAGGAUUCAAAACAAGGAUUUCACAACUUACAUGUGGGGAUACCAGGUUGGGCUGUUAGGAGAGAGGUUACAAAUUUACACGGAGAAUGGAUCUAACAAGGUUAAGUGGAACAAGUUUGGAACCAAUCGACCACUCAUGUGGUACAAGACUCUCUUUGAUGCACCAGCAGGAAAUGAUCCAGUGGCACUAAACCUUGGUUCAAUGGGAAAGGGUGAGGCUUGGGUUAAUGGCCAAAGCAUUGGCCGAUAUUGGGUAUCAUUCCAUACUUCCAAAGGAAGUCCUUCGCAAACAUGGUACAACAUCCCUCGAGCUUUCCUCAAACCGACUGGCAACCUGUUAGUUCUGCUAGAAGAAGAAAAAGGAUACCCUCCAGGGAUUACAGUAGACACUGUUUCAGUUACAAAAGUAUGUGGCUAUGCAUCCGAACCACACUUGUCUGCAGUUCAGCUUAGUUGUCCUCCAAAAAGAAACAUUUCUAGUAUCAUUUUUGCAAGCUUUGGAACCCCGUCGGGUAAUUGUGAAAGUUUCGCUAUUGGAAACUGUCACUCAUCUAGUUCUAAAGCCAAUGUAGAAAAGGCUUGUAUAGGGAAGAGAAGCUGUUCCAUCCCUCAAUCAAAUCAUUUUUUUGGUGGCGACCCAUGUCCAGGCAUUCCCAAAGUUCUGCUGGUUGAAGCCAAAUGCACAUGAUUUUAAGUUUCAUAGCAUAUUGGGCAAAGAGGUACCAUGAAAAUUUAAAUUGAACUUUUAAAUGAUGUAUAUCUAGGCCAAAUGAGUCAACUCAAAGUGUCAUCAUCAUUCCAGAACCCAUAUAUCCUAGUCUAGGUCUAAAAACCUUUUGGUUUAUUUUUUGUAUUUUAUGGAGGAUAGAAUGCACUGUGGCUGCGAGGGGCUACAAGUCUGGGAAUUACAAGUCUAAAAGUUUAGAUGAUGGGAUUAUGGGAAGACUGAUGUUGACUAAUUCGCAAUGUGGAUACAUGAAGAACAUAUAAAUGUUCCUCUUGUUUUUCUCUAUAAAAGUUCCCCUUCCCUUGGCUA